AUUAUGGAUGGACAUUUAUACAUGGUGAUUAAUUGUGUAGGCGAGAGCGUUGUACUAAUCACCACGACACACUUCCAUUUUCCACCUCCAUCUCCUCCAUCUUGCAAAUUCUAAUGGCGCCUAUAAAGAGCAUACUUUCUCUACAUAGAGUUGCAUUAUCUCGGCUUCACAAUGAGCACUGGGAAAUAGGUACUAGACUCUUCAGUACCCAGUCUGCAACUACUGCUAGUACUCCGCAGCCUCCGCCCCCACCGCCUCCUCCAGAGAAAACUCACUUUGGUGGCCUGAAAGAUGAAGAUCGUAUCUUCACAAAUGUUUAUGGUUUACAUGAUCCGUUUCUUAAAGGAGCUAUUAAACGAGGUGAUUGGCAUAGAACAAAAGACCUUGUUCUUAAGGGCACUGAUUGGAUUGUAAAUGAAAUGAAGAAAUCUGGCCUCCGAGGACGUGGCGGUGCUGGUUUUCCAUCCGGACUUAAGUGGUCCUUUAUGCCGAAGGUAUCUGAUGGUCGCCCUUCAUAUCUUGUAGUUAAUGCCGAUGAGAGUGAACCUGGAACUUGCAAGGACAGAGAAAUUAUGCGUCAUGAUCCACACAAGUUACUAGAGGGAUGCCUGAUAGCUGGAGUAGGAAUGAGGGCUUCUGCUGCAUACAUUUACAUUAGAGGUGAAUAUGUGAAUGAACGACUAAACCUUGAAAAGGCUAGGCAAGAAGCAUACAAAGCUGGAUAUUUGGGGAAGAAUGCUUGUGGAUCUGGUUAUGAUUUUGAUGUACAUAUCCACUUUGGUGCGGGUGCCUAUAUAUGCGGUGAAGAGACCGCACUUCUAGAGAGUCUUGAAGGAAAACAAGGAAAACCUAGACUAAAGCCUCCAUUUCCUGCUAAUGCAGGGCUAUAUGGAUGUCCUACAACUGUUACAAACGUGGAAACUGUUGCAGUUUCCCCGACAAUUUUGAGGCGUGGACCAGAGUGGUUUUCUAGCUUUGGUAGGAAAAACAAUUCUGGUACAAAACUAUUUUGUGUUUCUGGUCACGUAAACAAGCCUUGUACAGUUGAGGAAGAGAUGAGUAUACCAUUGAAAGAGCUUUUAGAGAGGCACUGUGGUGGUGUCAGAGGUGGAUGGGACAACUUGCUUGCAGUUAUACCAGGUGGUUCAUCUGUUCCGUUAAUACCCAAGAAUGUAUGUGAGGAUGUGCUAAUGGACUUUGAUGCGCUCAAGGCUGCUCAGUCAGGCUUGGGAACUGCAGCUGUCAUUGUCAUGGACAAGUCAACUGAUGUUGUAGAUGCAAUUGCAAGGCUAUCUUACUUUUACAAGCAUGAGAGUUGUGGACAGUGUACACCUUGCAGGGAGGGCACAGGAUGGCUAUGGAUGAUCAUGGAGAGAAUGAAGGUUGGGAAUGCAAAGUUGGAGGAGAUUGACAUGCUUCAAGAAGUCACAAAGCAGAUUGAAGGGCACACAAUUUGUGCUUUGGGUGAUGCUGCUGCAUGGCCUGUUCAAGGUCUUAUCAGGCACUUCAGACCAGAGCUUGAAAGGAGAAUCAGGGAGCGGGCAGAUAGGGAGCUCCAGCAGGCUGCUGCCGCCUGAUUGCCUGUAUCAGAUGAAGCAUCCUAAUGGAUAAAGAUGUGAAUUUACCUCUGGGCAUGACAAAGUAAGUUACCAGAGAUUCGCCCAACUAUUAUCUGCAGUGAGAUGUUUGUUGUGUUAUACUAAUAUAUUUGCUCUGGAUUGCACCAAAUGAGAUGCUAUGAUUUCUAUUCUGAUGUUUGUAAACCAAUAAUAUAAAAUCACUCAUGAUUAUACAGAAUUGUUAAAAUUGUUUGUUGUUUUUUAA